AUGGCCACAUCUCAAGCCUUUGGCUACCUUGUUGCGGAUAUCCUCACAGCAUUUGCUUCGCUCGCCAUUGCCUUUUGGGCAUCGUGGAAGCUCACUCUGGUCCUCCUCGCGACGCUGCCGCCAUCUCUCAUCCUGUUAGCACUGACGGGUCGCAAAAUUCAGCCAGCCAUCACAAAGCAAGCCUCUCAUCUAGACUCGGCCUCCAGAGUGCUCGCGGCGUCUGUCAGUGGCAUCGACCUUGUCAAGCUCUGCAACGGCUAUGCCUAUGAAGUCCGCAAAUACACCACGCAUACUAGGCAUGCUGCCAAACAGUAUCGCAUCCAGACUUUCCAAAAUUGUAUACAAAUUGGAUAUACUACCUUCUGGGCUGUGGCAAUGUUUGCCGUUGGAUUUUGGUACGGACUGGCUCUCGUUCAGCAGGGUAUACCACCAGGGAAUAUUCUGACAACAUUUUAUGCCGUUCUGACAACACUUCAAGGCGUCGAGUCAUUGUUACCAAAUUGGCUCGUGUUCCAGAGAGGAAUGAGUGCCGGCCAGGUAUUGCUCGCGCUACAAGUCGAGGUGGCAGAAGCCACCAAGGAAGACGCCGACACUGUCCGACCUAGCUAUUUUGUGGGCGCUGUUGAUAUCAAAGAGGUUUUCCGCACACUAUGA